AUGGAUGAAACGUGGGUCCAUUACCAUACGCCUGAGUCCAAUAGGCAGUCUGCAGAGUGGCUGAAAAGCCACGAAAGCCGACCAAAGCGGCCAAAAGACCAAUACUCGACCGGGAAGGUUAUGGCCUCCGUUUUUUGGGAUGCGCAUGGCAUAAUCUUCAUCGAUUACCUGCAGAAGGGAAGAACAAUUACGGGAGAGUAUUAUGCAGCGUUAUUGGACAAACUGAAUGACGAAAUAAAGAAAAAACAGCCCCAUAUGGCGAAGAAAAAAGUUCUGUACCAUCACAAUAACGCACCGUCACACACGUCCUUGAAAGCGAUGGUCAAAUUGGACCAAUUACGAUUCGAAUUGGUUGCUCACCCGUAA